AUGGGCCCAGCUGGCCCCAUGGUUCUGCUGCUGCUUUUGCUGGGAGCUUACCAGGGUUCUUUUACCAAAAAGAAAUACUUGCAAUCAGUAUGUGGACGACCUGUAUACUCUGGACGCAUUGUGGGCGGCCAAGGUGCUGCUUUGGGGCGCUGGCCCUGGCAGGUCAGCCUACGUUUUGGCCACACCCACAUUUGUGGAGGUUCCCUCAUCAGUGACCACUGGGUACUGACAGCAGCACACUGCAUAAAAAAGACCUGGUACAAUUUUCUAUACAGUGUGUGGCUUGGAUCCAUAGACAGAGAGCACUCAAGCACAGGCACAGAAUACUACGUGUCCAGAAUUGUCAUCCCUGACAAACACCGCCAUACAGAUGGAGACAUCGCCCUGCUGAAGCUGUCCUCCCGGGUCACCUUCACGUCUGUCAUCCUGCCCAUCUGCUUGCCCAAUAUCUCAAAGCAGCUGACAGUUCCAGCUUCUUGCUGGGUGACUGGAUGGGGACGAAAUCAGGAAGGCCAGUACCCUUCUACCCUCCAAGAAGUUGAAGUGCCCAUCAUUACCAGUGAGGCAUGUGAAAAACUGUACAACCCAAUUGGCUUCUUCCUCCCGGAGCUGGAGCGGGUCAUCAAGGAAGACAUGCUCUGUGCUGGUGAGACCCAGGGGAGGAAGGAUAGCUGCAAGGGCGAUUCUGGAGGGCCUCUGUCGUGUCUCCUGGACGGCGUCUGGAUGCAGAUAGGUGUGAUAAGCUGGGGUUUGGAAUGUGGUAAGGAUCUUCCUGGAGUCUACACCAACGUAACCUACUACCAAAAGUGGAUCAGUGCCAUUAUCUCAAGAGCUCCGGGCUGGGGUGGUGACUGCAUUCACAUGACUUCCUGUUCCCUACUGUAUUACUUUCUCUGGCUCUCCGGGAUCCUCCUGAGCCUUUGGCCCUAG